GGAGGAUCAGAGAUGGCACUGAACGGAGGUGCUGAUGGCGCCUGUGAGAACUGGGAGCUCACCAAGGACAUGCUGCUGGAGGAGCAGAGCCCGAGGAAAUCGCCCAAAAGAGCGGUGCUGUCGCUCCUGCCCUCGUCCCCACCAAGAGCCGUUGUGCUGCUGGCCCUGCUCCUGGCCCUCAGCUUUGUGUUCCUCAUGAUUCUUAUCCUUGUGAACAUCCAAAGAGGUGAGAUAAGCACCGUGCUCGCGCAGGAGGAGGCAUAA